AUGAAUCUUUCAUUAUGGUCCCUUUCUGUUUCAAAUCUAUUUAAUACUUUCUAUUUACCUUUUUUAAAUUCUUUUCUACCUAUUCUUUAUCUAUCCUCUAUUGUCUCAAAUUCUUAUUCGGCUUUCUUUCUAAUUCUGUUGUUUCAUCUGUUCCUAUCUUUCUUUCUAUCCAACUAUCUUUCUAUCUUUCAUCUAUCUAUCUAUCUAUCUAUCUAUCUAGUUUCAGUCUACUUUCUAUCUAUCUUUCUAUUCAUUCAUCUUUUUCUUCUUUUUCUUUCUUUCUAUCUAUCUAUUAUCUAUCUAUCUAUCUUUAAUUCGUUUUCUAUCUAUCUAUCUAUCUCUAUCUAUCUAUCUAUCUAUCUAUCUAUCUAUCUAUCUAUCUAUCUAUCUAUCUAUCUAUCUAUCUAUCUAAUUGUGUUUCUAGCUAUCUAUUUAAUUCUGUUUCUAUCUACCUAUCAAUCUAAUUCUGUUUCUAUCUAUCUAUCUAUCUAUCUAUCUAUCUAUCUAUCUAUCUAUCUAUCUAUCUAUCUAAUUGUGUUUCUAGCUAUCUAUUUAAUUAUCUAUAUUUAUUCAUCUCUUCAAUCUAAUUCUGUUUCUAUCUAUCUCAGCCUAUUCUAUCUAUCUAUCUAUUAUCUAUCUUGUCCAUCAAUUAUCUAUCUAUUUAUCUAUCUUGAAUUACGUCUCUUCAUAUCUAUCUAUCUAAAAUUUAUUAUUUAUCUAUCUAUCUAUUUAUCUGGCUAA